UCAUGCAUCUUACAAUGUGUAGUCGGGGCAGGAACUCGACCAAUGUCUUAAGGUCCAUUUCCUAUUUCCUCUCCACAGAGGAAGUCCCGUCUCCUACAGACCUGCAGUCUUCGAGGUGUCUGACGUGAAGAUCACCAUCACCUGGACGGGGCCCCCAACUGACGUGUCCGGGUACAGAGUGACUGUGGCCCCCGUCGGCCCCGCCGGGACCCCUCGGACAGAGCUACAGCUCCCCAUCACACACAACGCCUACGCAGAGGUCACCCACCUCACCCCCGGGACCCCGUACCGCUUCAGCAUCUACACCGUCCAGGGAGGAGAGGAGAGCCAGCCACUGGUCGGAGAGCAGGCUACCAGUGAGUACAGGCAAACGUAUUCCGUAAACCAGUGUCAAUAAGCUUAGGACUGUAUGUAUUUAGUGCUACAGUCUCGGCGAGGCAAGGAAUCGCUAAUGUUGAUCACAUAAUGAGUAGUGGUUUUUUUUGGAUGCAAGGUGAAUUGUCGAUGAAAGAUGAGUGAAUCUUACUGGCAACUUUGUCGAUCUCAAACACACACUUUUUUGUCCACAGAGCCUGAUUCCCCUGCUGAUGUCCAUUUCACCAACGUAACUGAGGACAGUGCUCUGAUGGCGUGGGUGCCCCCCCGGGCCCACAUCACCGGAUACCGUCUGUUCCUGACCCUGGAGGGCUCCAACCCUAAACUGCUGCGCCUGCCAGCCCGCCUGUCUCACUACACCCUGCUCAACCUCCAACCAGACACAGAGUACACCGCUACUCUGCACGCUGAGCAGGACAAUACGCUCAGUGAGGGAGCUUCCAGAACCUUCUCCACCAGUGAGUAAGACUGUUGUUCUAGGUCUUCACUGUCAUUUUUUAGUUUGUUGCUUCAAAAUAUUAUUACAUUUUUUUGUUACCAAGAGUUGCUGAAUAUCUUCACAUCCUCUCUCUCAGGCCUCCUAUGGUCUAACUGUCUGAGAGGUCAUUGUUCUGCAAAAUAAGUUAUUUGAUAGGUCAUCUAUGAAACACGUAUGACCAGCCAGGUCAAGGCCAGGCGUUUUGGCAGAGUCAUAAACAUACAGUAGGGUCUGCUUUGAGCAGGGGGGGGUAGGACUUUGGGAGUUCCUUGUUCCUUUGAAUAGUCCUGACCCCUAACCCCUUACCUCUGACCCUGUGUGUUCUCUCCAGCUCAGCUAAUGGGCAACACCCCUCGCUUCAGUACUGAUGUCACAGACACCUCCAUCAUCAUCUCCUGGACCCCCGUGCCCCGAGUGGAAUACAAGGUAUGCUCGCACGCACACACACACACACACACACACACACAGGUCCAUCUAUGUCACACUAGAGUUGUGCUCUGGCUUCUGUGAUGCUGGGAAAGGGCUAACGUCGUAACUCUUCAGUUUUGUGUGUGUGUGUGUCUCUGUGUCUCUCUCGCUCGGUCUCCCCGUGUAGUUGACGGUGAGGCCCAGUCAUGGAGGCGAGGCCCCCAGAGAUGUAACCUCUAGCUCAGGCAGCAUCUACAUCUCAGGCCUGACCCCCGGGGUUGAGUACACCUACAGCGUUCAGCCAAUCGUCAACGGACACGAGCAGGACAACCCAAUCACACGGCGCGUAGUCACACGUAAGUCCGAGAAUAACGACUUAGUCUGGGUUUGUCAGCAACUGCUAACUUUGUGCAGUAAAAAUCAGGCUUUACUUAUGCUGGGUCUCCACACGUUAGUGAACAGAGGAUAGAGAUGAUGUUCUCCAUCACCAUCAAUCAGAGAAUAAUGACUUUGGCCUCAAAAGGUUCCCUACUUUUCUUAGACUUUUUAAUAUUCCUGGAGCGUUGGUCAUCGACAACCGUUUUCUAGCGUAUCCGAGCCUGGGCAAAAACAUUUUUAAUUUUUUUGCCUCUAUUUGUGACCUAGUUACUUAGUUAGAAUGUCUCUAGUUGUGACCUGGUUACCUACAGUUGAAGUCAGAAGUUUACAUACACUUAGGUUGGAGUCAUUCAAACUCGUUUUUCAACCACUCCACAAAUGUAUUUUUAACAAACUAUAGUUUUGCCAAGUCGGUUAGGACAUCUACUUUAUGCAUGACACAAGUAAUUUUCCCAACAAUUGUUUACAGACAAAUUAUUUCACUUAUAAUUCACUGUAUCACAAUUCCAGUGGGUCAGAUGUUUACAUACACUAAGUUGACUUGGCUUUAGAAGCUUCUGAUAGGCUAACUGACAUAAUUUGAGUCAAUUGGAGGUGUACCUGUGGAUGUAUUUCAAGGCCUACCUUCAAACGCAGUGCCUCUUUGCUUGACAUCAUGGGAAAAUCAAAAGAAAUCAGCCAAGACCUCAGAAAAACAAUUGUAGACGUCCACAAGUCUGGUUCAUCUUUGGGAGCAAUUUCCAAACGCCUGAAGGUACCACGUUCAUCUGUACAAACAAUAGUACGCAAGUAUAAACACCAUGGGACCACGCAGCCGUCAUACCGCUCAGGAAGGAGACGCGUUCUGUCUCCUAGAGAUGAACGUACUUUGGUGCGAAAAGUGCGAAUCAAUCCCAGAACAACAGCAAAGGACCUUGUGAAGAUGCUGGAGGAAACAGGUACAAAAGUAUCUAUAUCCACAGUAAAACGAGUCCUAUAUCGACAUAACCUGAAAGGCCGCUCAGCAAGGAAGAAGCCACUGCUCCAAAACCGCCAUAAAAAAGCCAGACUUAGGUUUGCAACUGCACAUGGGGACAAAGAUCGUACAUUUUGGAAAAAUGUCCUCUGGUCUGAUGAAACAAAAAUGUAACUGUUUGGCCAUAAUGACCAUCAUUAUGUUUGGAGGAAAAAGGGGGUUGCUUGCAAGCUGAAGAACACCAUCCCAACCGUGAAGCACGGGGGUGGCAGCAUCAUGCUGUGGGGGUGCUUUGCUGCAGGAGGGACUGGUGCACUUCACAAAAUAGAUGGCAUCAUGAGGAAGGAAAAUUAUGUGGAUAUAUUGAAGCAACAUCUCAAGACAUCAGUCAGGAAGUUAAAGCUUGGUUGCAAAUGGGUCUUCCAAAUGGACAAUGACCCCAAGCAUACUUCGAAAGUUGUGGCAAAAUGGCUUAAGGACAACAAAGUCAAGGUAUUGGAGUGGCCAUCACAAAGCCCUGACCUCAAUCCUAUAGAAAAGUUGUGGGCUGUCACGGGUUCUGAAGUGGAUGCGGUGGUGGAGUCAAGCGCAGGACACAGAAGAAUAGUCAAGACGACUUUACUCAAAAUGAAAAUAAAUACCAGCUAAGGCAAGGACACAGAACCUAAACAUGCUAGACAGGCGGACAAUAACACACAAAAUGCAAACCUAAGGGGAACUUAUAGGAGACAUAAUCAAGACAGAAUACGAGACAGGUGCACCAACUAGACAAAACCAAACAAACAUCGAAAACAUCAAGCGGUAGUAGCUAGUACUCCGGGGACGACGAACGCCGAAGCCUGCCCGAGCAAGGAGGAGGAGCAGCCUCGGCGGUCUCUGUGACAUGGGCAGAACUGAAAAAGUGUGUGCGAGCAAGGAGGCCUACAAACCUGACUCAGUUACACCAGCUCUGUCAGGAGCAAUCGGCCAAAAUUCACCCAACUUAUUGUGGGAAGCUUGUGGAAGGCUACCCGAAACAUUUGACCCAAGUUAAACAAUUUAAAGGCAAUGCUACCAAAUACUAAUUGAGUUUAUGUAAACCUCUGACCCACUGGGAAUGUGAUGAAAGAAAUAAAAGCUGAAAUAAAUCAUUCUCUCUACUAUUAUUCUGACAUUUCACAUUCUUAAAAUAAAGUGGUGAUCCUAACUGACCUAAAACAGGGAAUUUUUACUAGGAUUAAAUGUCAGGAAUUGUGAAAAACUGAGUUUAAAUGUAUUUGGCUAAGGUGUAUGUAAAUUUCCGACUUCAACUGUAGUUAGUUAGAAUGUCUCUAUUUGAUCAGGCAAUUCUAUUGACUUUAAAUCUACUUUGUUUCCUUGGCUGAGUUGCUCAACUUAGUUGACCUUAAAUCCAAUUAUUAAGAACAGUAACGUGACCUUAGCAUAUCUACUAUUUUUAUAAAGGAAAUGUGUGUUGCAAUUUAACCACACCAUUCUAUUGAGUAACCGUAUAUUACCCCAAAAGAGUUGCAUCUGGAUCAGGGACGUCAGAAAUCUCUUCCUGUUCCUUUUUCCUCUGGUUGUUCCUCUUUAUCAGUUCUGACCAGGUUAUAGUAAUGAGGAACCAUUCUGACCAGGUUAUUGUAGUGAGUAACCAUUCUGACCAGGUUAUUGUAGUGAGUAACCAUUCUGACCAGGUUAUUGUAUUGAGGAACCAUUCUGACCAGGUUAUAGUAGUGAGUAACCAUUCCGACCAGGUUAUUGUAGUGAGUAACCAUUCUGACCAGGUUAUAGUAGUGAGGAACCAUUCUGACCAGGUUUUAGUAGUGAGUAACCAUUCUGACCAGGUUAUAGUAGUGAGUAACCAUUCUGACCAGGUUAUAGUAGUGAGUAACCAUUCUGACCAGGUUAUAGUAGUGAGUAACCAUUCUGACCAGGUUUUAGUAGUGAGGAACCAUUCUGACCAGGUUAUAGUAGUGAGUAACCAUUCUGACCAGGUUAUUGUAGUGAGUAACCAUUCUGACCAGGUUAUUGUAGUGAGUAACCAUUCUGACCAGGUUAUUGUAGUGAGUAACCAUUCUGACCAGGUUAUAGUAGUGAGGAACCAUUCUGACCAGGUUAUUGUAGUGAGUAACCAUUCUGACCAGGUUAUAGUAGUGAGUAACCAUUCUGACCAGGUUAUAGUAGUGAGGAACCAUUCUGACCAGGUUAUUGUAGUGAGUAACCAUUCUGACCAGGUUAUUGUAGUGAGUAACCAUUCUGACCAGGUUAUAGUAGUGAGUAACCAUUCUGACCAGGUUAUAGUAGUGAGUAACCAUUCUGACCAGGUUAUAGUAGUGAGGAACCAUUCUGACCAGGUUAUAGUAGUGAGGAACCAUUCUGACCAGGUUAUUGUAGUGAGGAACCAUUCUGACCAGGUUAUAGUAGUGAGGAACCAUUCUGACCAGGUUAUAGUAGUGAGUAACCAUUCUGACCAGGUUAUUGUAGUGAGGAACCAUUCUGACCAGGUUAUUGUAGUGAGGAACCAUUCUGACCAGGUUAUAGUAGUGAGUAACCAUUCUGACCAGGUUAUUGUAGUGAGUAACCAUUCUGACCAGGUUAUAGUAGUGAGUAACCAUUCUGACCAGGUUAUAGUAGUGAGUAACCAUUCUGACCAGGUUAUUGUAGUGAGUAACCAUUCUGACCAGGUUAUAGUAGUGAGUAACCAUUCUGACCAGGUUAUUGUAGUGAGUAAUCAUUCUGACCAGGUUAUUGUAGUGAGUAACCAUUCUGACCAGGUUAUAGUAGUGAGUAACCAUUCUGACCAGGUUAUAGUAGUGAGUAACCAUUCUGACCAGGUUAUAGUAGUGAGUAACCAUUCUGACCAGGUUAUAGUAGUGAGUAACCAUUCUGACCAGGUUAUUGUAGUGAGGAACCAUUCUGACCAGGUUAUUGUAGUGAGGAACCAUUCUGACCAGGUUAUUGUAGUGAGGAACCAUUCUGACCAGGUUAUUGUAGUGAGUAACCAUUCUGACCAGGUUAUAGUAGUGAGUAACCAUUCUGACCAGGUUAUAGUAGUGAGUAACCAUUCUGACCAGGUUAUUGUAGUGAGUAACCAUUCUGACCAGGUUAUUGUAGUGAGGAACCAUUCUGACCAGGUUAUAGUAGUGAGGAACCAUUCUGACCAGGUUAUUGUAGUGAGUAACCAUUCUGACCAGGUUAUUGUAGUGAGUAACCAUUCUGACCAGGUUAUAGUAGUGAGUAACCAUUCUGACCAGGUUAUAGUAGUGAGUAACCAUUCUGACCAGGUUAUUGUAGUGAGUAACCAUUCUGACCAGGUUAUAGUAGUGAGGAACCAUUCUGACCAGGUUAUAGUAGUGAGGAACCAUUCUGACCAGGUUAUAGUAGUGAGGAACCAUUCUGACCAGGUUAUAGUAGUGAGUAACCAUUCUGACCAGGUUAUUGUAGUGAGGAACCAUUCUGACCAGGUUAUAGUAGUGAGUAACCAUUCUGACCAGGUUAUUGUAGUGAGUAACCAUUCUGACCAGGUUAUUGUAGUGAGGAACCAUUCUGACCAGGUUAUAGUAGUGAGGAACCAUUCUGACCAGGUUAUAGUAGUGAGGAACCAUUCUGACCAGGUUAUAGUAGUGAGGAACCAUUCUGACCAGGUUAUAGUAGUGAGGAACCAUUCUGACCAGGUUAUUGUAGUGAGGAACCAUUCUGACCAUGUUAUUGUAGUGAGUAACCAUUCUGACCAGGUUAUUGUAGUGAGUAACCAUUCUGACCAGGUUAUAGUAGUGAGUAACCAUUCUGACCAGGUUAUAGUAGUGAGUAACCAUUCUGACCAGGUUAUAGUAGUGAGUAACCAUUCCGACCAGGUUAUUGUAGUGAGUAACCAUUCUGACCAGGUUAUUGUAGUGAGUAACCAUUCUGACCAGGUUAUUGUAGUGAGUAACCAUUCUGACCAGGUUAUAGUAGUGAGGAACCAUUCUGACCAGGUUAUUGUAGUGAGGAACCAUUCUGACCAGGUUAUAGUAGUGAGGAACCAUUCUGACCAGGUUAUUGUAGUGAGGAACCAUUCUGACCAGGUUAUAGUAGUGAGUAACCAUUCUGACCAGGUUAUAGUAGUGAGUAACCAUUCUGACCAGGCUUUAGUAGUGAGUAACCAUUCUGACCAGGUUUUAGUAGUGAGUAACCAUUCUGACCAGGUUAUAGUAGUGAGUAACCAUUCUGACCAGGUUAUUGUAGUGAGUAACCAUUCUGACCAGGUUAUAGUAGUGAGCAGGGGCGGUGUGUUCAAUAGGGCGAUAUGGGCGACGCACUGCCAAACGGGAAAAGGAAGGGAUUUUUUUUCUAAUCAAUUAUAUCACGGCAACAGUAGUUAUCAGUGUUGUAAUCUAGACGUCUGAUCUGCCACAGUGCCACUAAAUGUCCAAUCAGGCUAAAGUCGUGCUUCAAAUGCCCCCCCCCCCCUUUUGGGGCGAUUUCAGUCAGGUUGAAAAUCGCCCAGAAGUCUGUCAUAGACUCCCAUGUAAAAUCUAUUUUUUUCAAAUAUCAGAGCUUUCAAUACAAUCUCUAUGGGUUUCUGAGGGCUUGCACUUACGCGCUUUCGUCAUACGUAACGUAACCAUGAACGUAACUAAGAAAAGAGCGGGUAGCCUCAUCAAUCAAUUCACUACUACUGUAAAAAUGGCUAGGCUUCAGUGCAACUCGAUUGUGUCUUUGAAAGAAGUUCCUUUUUGUCGGCGAACAAAUGAAGAUAAAUUGGCAACGAAACAAUUAGGACCUCCCAGACCAAAUUUAAUAAUUCAACAGGUUUCUACUAAAGGGGGGAAGUCCUACACCCGAGGAUUUUCCAAAAAUUGGUACGAACGAAAAACCUGGCUAGCAGGCUGCGAUGUAGCUAAUGCAGUCUUCUGCUACCCCCUGCUUACUCUUUCACCCUGAAGGCGGCACGGCAGACAGCACCGCUUGGACAGCGACUGGUGUGUAACGGACAUGCACCAUCUUUCAGGAAAGAUUAAGAAACAUGAGCUGUCAAAGACCCACAUGGAUAGCUGUUUGAGAUUGUCUGCUUUGGGGAGAGUGAACAUUCCCACUCAACUGGAUGAGGGAUACAGGCUAGCUGUCCGCCGCCACAACGAUGAGGUUAGUGUUGAUAAUCACAAGUUUACUGGAGAACUGAAACUGACAAGGCUGACAAGAUAGGACCCUUUUGUCCAUUGUUAUUGGAUAGGAACAGAACUUAUAACCAGCUCCUGACCUAAAUAGAUCUUAGCACAACAUUUUACUCAACAUAUCAUAUUCCAUAUUCACUAUAACAAAUAUAUUUACUACGACAUUAGCAAGAACCGCCACAUCCUCAGCCGGCUAAUCCAGUGUGUGAAGUUUUGCGGAGUGUUUGAGUUAGCUUUGCGAGGCAAAGAUGAAACUGAGGGCUCCACCAACCCUGGUAAGCCAACACUUUUGAGAUCAGUCAAUAAAUGCUUCUGGUAUUGACUUAUAUGCUGCCCCUGUCUUCAUGUUGUUGCUGGACAUAUCUUUUUUAAAAUGUGUGUAGGUCACCUAAAUCAUCAGAAAAAUUGCCCCCCCUGAGAAUUUUUUCAGGAGCCGCCACUGGUAGUGAGUAACCAUUCUGACCAGGUUAUAGUAGUGAGUAACCAUUCUGACCAGGUUAUAGUAGUGAGUAACCAUUCUGACCAGGUUAUAGUAGUGAGGAACCAUUCUGACCAGGUUUUAGUAGUGAGUAACCAUUCUGACCAGGUUAUAGUAGUGAGUAACCAUUCCGACCAGGUUAUAGUAGUGAGUAACCAUUCCGACCAGGUUAUAGUAGUGAGUAACCAUUCUGACCAGGUUAUAGUAGUGAGGAACCAUUCUGACCAGGUUAUUGUAGUGAGGAACCAUUCUGACCAGGUUAUUGUAGUGAGGAACCAUUCUGACCAGGUUAUAGUAGUGAGUAACCAUUCUGACCAGGUUAUAGUAGUGAGUAACCAUUCUGACCAGGUUAUUGUAGUGAGUAACCAUUCUGACCAGGUUUUAGUAGUGAGUAACCAUUCUGACCAGGUUAUAGUAGUGAGUAACCAUUCUGACCAGGUUAUUGUAGUGAGUAACCAUUCUGACCAGGUUAUAGUAGUGAGUAACCAUUCUGACCAGGUUAUAGUAGUGAGUAACCAUUCUGACCAGGUUAUAGUAGUGAGUAACCAUUCUGACCAGGUUAUAGUAGUGAGUAACCAUUAUGACCAGGUUAUAGUAGUGAGUAACCAUUCUGACCAGGUUAUAGUAGUGAGUAACCAUUCUGACCAGGUUAUAGUAGUGAGUAACCAUUAUGACCAGGUUAUUGUAGUGAGUAACCAUUCUGACCAGGUUAUUGUAGUGAGUAACCAUUCUGACCAGGCUUUAGUAGUGAGUAACCAUUCUGACCAGGUUAUAGUAGUGAGUAACCAUUCUGACCAGGUUAUUGUAGUGAGUAACCAUUCUGACCAGGUUAUUGUAGUGAGUAACCAUUCUGACCAGGUUAUAGUAGUGAGUAACCAUUCUGACCAGGUUAUAGUAGUGAGUAACCAUUCUGACCAGGUUAUAGUAGUGAGUAACCAUUCUGACCAGGUUAUAGUAGUGAGUAACCAUUCUGACCAGGUUAUUGUAGUGAGUAACCAUUCUGACCAGGCUUUAGUAGUGAGUAACCAUUCUGACCAGGUUAUAGUAGUGAGGAACCAUUCUGACCAGGUUAUAGUAGUGAGUAACCAUUCUGACCAGGUUAUUGUAGUGAGUAACCAUUCUGACCAGGUUAUAGUAGUGAGUAACCAUUCUGACCAGGUUAUAGUAGUGAGGAACCAUUCUGACCAGGUUAUAGUAGUGAGUAACCAUUCUGACCAGGUUAUUGUAGUGAGUAACCAUUCUGACCAGGUUAUAGUAGUGAGUAACCAUUCUGACCAGGUUAUAGUAGUGAGUAACCAUUCUGACCAGGUUAUAGUAGUGAGUAACCAUUCUGACCAGGUUAUAGUAGUGAGUAACCAUUCUGACCAGGUUAUAGUAGUGAGUAACCAUACCAGUCAGAGACAGUUGCUUGGAAGAGAGAUGUCAAUUUAUAGAAUCAUCUCUUGUUCCUCUUGUCCUCCUCCAGCCCUGUCUCCUCCUACUGACCUCAACCUGGAGUCCCACCCUGACACCGGAAAGCUGACUGUCCAGUGGAACGAAGCCUCCACCCCAGGUUAGAACACACACACACACACACACACACACACACAUUCCACCGUGGAAAGAAGCCUCCACCCCACGUUAGAACACACACACACACACACACACACACACACACACACACACACACACACACACACACACACACACACUCACUCCCCAGUGGGACGAAGCCAGCACAUUUUCCAUUGUCCAUUUACUUAGAAGUCUAGGUAACAAAAAUAUGUAUUUUUGCUUUCAACCCAACCCCGGAGUCACACACAUACCCACAAUGCAGUGUUUAUACUAACACACCUCAUAUGACCAAGCUCAAAAGAAGGAUCGUGGUUUCUGGAUUUAGGACAGAGAUUACGGAAACGAUAUGUCCGGACUAAAUGACUGAUUUGACUUCUCUGUCCACUCUCUAUCCUCUGUCCAUUGUCACGUGUUCUCCAUGCCAUCCAAUCAGACCUCACCGGCUACAGAGUGACAGGCACCCCGACCAAUGGGCAGCAAGGAAACAGCCUGGAGGAGUUUGUGAAGGCGGGCGAGACCUCGUGCACUCUGGAGAACCUCAGCCCUGGCGUGGAGUACAACAUCAGCGUCUUCACCGUUAAAGACGACAUGGAGAGUGUUCCCGUCUCCACCACCGUUACUCAAGGUAGGUGUGGGCGUGGCCUAAUGUCAGGUGACCUUUGACCCUAUGACCCCUGCCCUGUGAAUUAUGAUGUGAUAAUGUGGACAGGAGUGUCCGGCAGGGUUCCAUCAUAUCUCUCUUACUCCAACAUUUCUCACCGUAAUAUAAAGCCUACAAUGUCUUAUGACAAGAGAUUGCUAGCUAGUAUUAUUAACAUGCCCAGUGAUGUCACUACAACCAGAUAACAACCUGCUGUUAGUGAUGCUGUUAGUGAUGCUGUUAGUGAUGCUGCAGCCCUGCUGUUAGUGAUGCUGCAGCUCUGCUGUUAGUGAUGCUGCAGCUCUGCUGUUAGUGAUGCUGUUAGUGAUGCUGCAGCCCUGCUGUUAGUGAUGCUGCAGCCCUGCUGUUAGUGAUGCUGCAGCCCUGCUGUUAGUGAUGCUGUUAGUGAUGCUGCAGCCCUGCUGUUAGUGAUGCUGUUAGUGAUGCUGCAGCUCUGCUGUUAGUGAUGCUGCAGCCCUGCUGUUAGUGAUGCUGCAGCUCUGCUGUUAGUGAUGCUGCAGCCCUACUGUUAGUGAUGCUGCAGCUCUGCUGUUAGUGAUGCUGCAGCCCUGCUGUUAGUGAUGCUGCAGCCCUGCUGUUAGUGAUGCUGCAGCCCUGCUGUUAGUGAUGCUGCAGCUCUGCUGUUAGUGAUGCUGCAGCCCUGCUGUUAGUGAUGCUGCAGCCCUGCUGUUAGUGAUGCUGCAGCCCUGCUGUUAGUGAUGCGGUUAGUGAUGCUGUUAGUGAUGCUGCAGCCCUGCUGUUAGUGAUGCUGCAGCUCUGCUGUUAGUGAUGUUGCAGCCCUGCUGUUAGUGAUGCUGUUAGUGAUGCUGCAGCUCUAAUGUUAGUGAUGCUGUUAGUGAUGCUGCAGCUCUGCUGUUAGUGAUGCUGUUGGUGAUGCUGCAGCCCUGCUGUUAGUGAUGCUGUUAGUGAUGCUGCAGCCCUGCUGUUAGUGAUGCUGUUAGUGAUGCUGCAGCUCUGCUGUUAGUGAUGCUGUUAAUGAUGCUGCAGCUCUGCUGUUAGUGAUGCUGUUAGUGAUGCUGCAGCCCUGCUGUUAGUGAUGCUGUUAGUGAUGCGGUUAGUGAUGCUGUUAGUGAUGCUGCAGCCCUGCUGUUAAUGAUGCUGCAGCCCUGCUGUUAGUGAUGCUGCAGCCCUGCUGUUAGUGAUGCUGCAGCUCUGCUGUUAGUGAUGCUGCAGCUCUGCUGUUAGUGAUGCUGCAGCCCUGCUGUUAGUGAUGCUGCAGCCCUGCUGUUAGUGAUGCUGCAGCCCUGCUGUUAGUGAUGCGGUUAGUGAUGCUGUUAGUGAUGCUGCAGCCCUGCUGUUAGUGAUGCUGCAGCCCUGCUGUUAGUGAUGCUGCAGCUCUGCUGUUAGUGAUGUUGCAGCCCUGCUGUUAGUGAUGCUGUUAGUGAUGCUGCAGCUCUAAUGUUAGUGAUGCUGUUAGUGAUGCUGCAGCUCUGCUGUUAGUGAUGCUGUUGGUGAUGCUGCAGCCCUGCUGUUAGUGAUGCUGUUAGUGAUGCUGCAGCUCUGCUGUUAGUGAUGCUGUUAGUGAUGCUGCAGCCCUGCUGUUAGUGAUGCUGUUAGUGAUGCUGCAGCUCUGCUGUUAGUGAUGCUGUUAGUGAUGCUGCAGCCCUGCUUGGCCAGACCACACGCACAACUCAGGACUAAAUCAUUCAUUGAUGUCAAUUUAAAGAUUUGCGCAUGAAUGUCAAGUUAGAAUACCAUUAAUGCGUGCAAUACCAGUACCCCUACACAGUGUGAUAUGAUAAACAUACCCAUGGAGGCACCACAUUAUACCACCUGAGCUGGUAACCCAUAUCAUUGCCACUCAUUCAUUAAAGCCUAUAGAUGCUUUAAUAAUGCCCUUCUCAUGACAUUGCUUGUUUCUGUCUGUCUCUGUGCUGUGUGCCGUCCGGCCGGCCGGCCUCUGCGAUCCUCCCCUCCCUCUCUAACCCACUACUAGACGUGCCCCGGCUAACGGACCUCAACUUCGUCGACGUCACCGACACGACGAUCGGCCUGAAGUGGAACCCGCUGAACUAUACGGCGGUCACCGGCUACCGUAUCACGGUGACGGCGGCCGGGGAGAGCGUGCCCGUAUUCGAGGACAUGGUGGAGGCCACCACCGGGUAUUACACCGUGCACGGACUGGAGCCCGGCAUCGAUUAUGACAUCUCAGUCAUCACCGUCACAGAGAGUGGAGAGAGCGAACCCACCACGCUCACGCAGCAAACUGGUAAUCAUUAUAAGAAUAAGAAUUUUCAUGGAUUGAAAGAUACUAGUGAAGUGGGUUGAUGAACACUUUCACUAGGGGACUGGAGGAGAUCAGGGGAGGUAGAUCAGUGAGAUCAGGGGAGGUAGAUCAGGGGAGGUAGAUCAGGGGAGGUAGAUCAGGGGAGGGAGAUCAGGGGAGGGAGAUCAGGGGAGGUAGACUCUGACUCUCAUAUUACUGUUUGUGUUUAUGUCAUGGUGUAAUGGUAGUGUCAUGGUGUAAUGGUAGUAUGGUGGUGUAAUGGUAGUGUCAUGGUGUAAUGGUAGUGUCAUGGUGUAAUGGUAGUGUCAUGGUGUAAUGGUAGGGUCAUGGUGUAAUGGUAGUGUCAUGGUGUAAUGGUGGUGUAAUGGUAGUGUCAUGGUGUAAUGGUAGUGUCAUGGUGUAAUGGUAGUGUCAUGGUGUAAUGGUAGUGUCAUGGUGUAAUGGUAGUGUCAUGGUGUAAUUGUAGGGUCAUGGUGUAAUGGUAGUGUAAUGGUAGUGUCAUGGUGUAAUGGUAGUGUCAUGGUGUAAUGGUAUAUGGUGGUGUAAUGGUAGGGUCAUUGUGUAAUGGUGGUGUAAUGGUAGUGUCAUGGUGGUAAUGGUAGUGUCAUGGUGUAAUGGUAGUGUCAGUGGUGUAAUGGUAGGUCAUGGUGUAAUGUGUAGGGUCGCAUGGUGUAAUGGUAGUGUAAUGUAGUGUCAUGGGUUUGUAAUGGUAGUGUCAUGGUGUAAUGGUAGGUCAUGGUGUAAUUGUAGGGUAAUGGUUUGUAAUGGUAGUGUAAUGUAGGUAGUGUCAUGGUGUAAUGGUAGUGUCAUGGUGUAAUGGUAGUUAUGGUGGUUGUAAUGGUAGUGUCAUGGUGUAAUUGUAGGGUCAUGGUGUAAUGGUAGUGUCAUGGUGUAAUGUGGUGUGAAUGGUAGUGUCAUGGUUGUAAUGGUAUGGUUGUGGUGGUAAUGGUAGUAUGGUGGUGUAAUGGUAGGGUCAUGGUGUAAUGGUGUGUAAUGGUGUAAUGGUAGUGUAAUGGUGUGUAAUGGUGUGUAGUAAUGGUAGUGUAUGGUGUAAUGGUAGUGUCAUGGUGUAAUGGUAGUGUCAUGGUGUAAUGGUAUGUUGGGUAAUGGGUGUCGGUAAUGGUAGUGUCAUGGUGUAAUGGUAGGUCAUGGUGUAAUGGUAGUGUCAUGGUGUAUGGUGUGUAUGGUGUAAUGGUGGUAAUGGUAGUUCUGGGUAAUGGUAUGAUGGUGUAAUGGUAGGGUCAUGGUGUAAUGUGGUGUUGGUUUAAUGGUAGUGUCAUGGUGAAUGGGUAAUGUCGUGUCAUGGUGUAAUGGUAGUGUCAUGGUGUAAUGGUGGUGUAAUGGUUGUUCAGGGAAUGGUAGUGUCAUGGUGUUGUAGUAUUGGGGUAUGGUUGUCAUGGUAGUAGUAUGGUUUGUAAUGGUAGUGUCAUGGUGUAAUGGUAGUGUAAUGGUGGGAGGUCAUGGUGUAAUGGUAGUGUCAGGUGUAAUGGUAGUAUGGUGUAUGGUGGGUAAUGGUGGUAUGUGUAUGGUGUUUGGUUAAUGGUGUAUGGGGUAAUGGUGUCUGGUGUAAUGGUGUGUAUGGUGUAAUGGUAGGGGUCAAUGGUGUAAUGGUAGUGUCAAUGGUGUAAUGGUAGUGUCAUGGGUAUGUGUAUGGGGUGUAAUGGUAGGUCAUGUGGUGUAAGUGGUGUAAUGGUAGUGUCAUGGUGUAUGGUAGUGUCAUGGUGUAAUGGGAGUGUCUGGUGAUGGUUUGGGGUAAUGGUAGUAUGGUGGUGGUAAUGGUAGGUCAUGGUGUGUAUGGUGUAAGGAUUUGUUAAUGGUAGUGUCAUGGUGUAAUGGUAGUGUCAUGGUGUAAUGGUAGUGUCAUGGUGUAAUGGUAGUAUGGUGGUGUAAUGGUAGGGUCAUGUUGGUGUAAUGGUGUAACGGUAGUGUCAUGGUAGUGUCAUGGUGUAAUGGUAGUGUCAUGGUGUAAUGGUAGUGUCAUGGUGUAAUGGUAGGUCAUGGGUGUAAUGGUAGUAUGGUAAUGUGGUGUAAUGGUAGGUCAUGUGUGUAUGUAAGGGUCAUGGUUAAGGUGUCAUGGUGGGGUAAUGGUAGGUCAUGGUGUAAUGGUAGUGUCAUGGUUGAUGGUAAUGGGUAUGGUAGUGUAUGGGUAAUGGUAGUGGUGGUGUAAUGGUAGGGUCAUGUUGGUGUAAUGGUGUAACGGUAGUGUCAUGGUAGUGUCAUGGUGUAAUGGUAGUGUCAUGGUGUAAUGGUAGUGUCAUGGUGUAAUGGUAGUGUCAUGGUGUAAUGGUAGUAUGGUGGUGUAAUGGUAGGUCUGGGUAAGUGGUCAGUGUCAUGGUGUAAUGGUAGUGUCAUGGUUAAUGGUAGUCAUGGUGUUGGUAGUAUGGUGUAUGUAGGUCAUGGUGUAAUGUGUAUGGUGGUGUCAUGGGCAGUGGUAAUGGGAUGUGUAAUGGGUGUCAUGGGGUAUGGUAGUGUCUGGGUGUUGUAAUGGUAGGUGUCAUGGUUGGUAGUGUAUGGUGUGUAAUGGUAGUGUCAUGGUGUAUGUAUGGUGUAAUGGUAGUGUCAUGGUGUAAUGGUAGUGUUAUGGUGUAAUGGUGGUUGGUAAGUGUAUUGGUGUAAUGGUAGUGUCAUGGUUGUAUGUAAUGGGUGUGUAGGGUGGUAAUGGUCUGGUGUAGUAGUGUCAUGUGUAGUGUCAUGUGGUUGUAAUGGUAGGGUCAUGGUGUAAUGGUAGUGUCAUGGUGUAAUGGUGUAAUUGGUGGUGUAAUGGUAGGUCAUGGUGUAAUGGUAGUCAUGGUGUAUGUAAUGGUCAGGGUCAUGGUGAAUGUUAGUGUCAUGGUUGUUUGGUAUUCAUGGUGGGUCAGGAGUAGUGCAGUGUUGGCAGCUCACGUUACAUGUGAUAUUCGUUAAAGUGUGUGUAUUAGUGCAUGGGUGGUUGUCAUGGUGUAAUGUAUGUCUGUUGUCACAGGGUUCUCUAUGGUGGGUUACAUGGUGGGUUGAUAACUGAGUUUUUCAUUUGUAAUGGUAGUGUCAUGAGUAACUGGUUUUGGUGGUGUAAUGCGUAUGUCAUGGUGUGAAUGUGGUUCAUGCGUGAAUGAGUAUGUGUUGUAAUGUAGGGCUGGGAUGAAUGGUAGAGGUCGGAUGGUGAAUGUAGCAUGGUUUAGAGUAGGGUCAUGGAACGAGUCAUGGGCACUAGUACAUGGUACUUCAUGUGUAAUGGUGUGUCUGGUGUCAUUUGCUGAUCUGUUCGGUCUAUGGUUUAGUUUGGGACAUAUUCAUUGUGAUGCUGCAGGAUGUUACGGUGUUAGUUUGCCCCACCUCACUCCACUGUUUCUACAUCUGAAUUCUUCAACACAAGUGAGUUUCCCUGAAGUGGGUCCUGACCGUAAUACCUGAUAUCUCUUUGUCCCACAGCUGUUCCUCCCCCUACUAACCUGGGUUUCCCUGAGGUGGGUCCUGACCGUAAUACCUGAUAUCUCUUUGUCCCACAGCUGUUCCUCCCCCAACUAACCUGGGUUUCCCUGAGGUGGGUCCUGACCGUAUGCAGGUGACCUGGACAGCUCCUGUGGUUCCUGACCCCGCUGACAUCAACAGCUUCGUGAUUCGCUACCACCCCAUCGAUGACGAGGAUGACAUCACAGAAAGCAGCGUCGGCGGGAACGACGACACCGUGGUUCUUAAGAGUAAGGGCUCAGAGAACACACACACUCAUGGACACACACACACACACACACACACACACACACAUUCCUGAUGACUGUUAAUAGUGUUUUGCUUCUACUAGUCACUGACUGAUGCUGUGUAUCCUUGUCUGUGUGUCCCUCUAGACCUGAUUUCCAACACGGAGUACCUGGUCAGUGUGGUGUGUGUUUACGAAGAGAGGGAGAGCUCACCUCUGGUCGGCACCCACAAAACGAGUGAGUUUCACUUGAAUUAUUUGAUUUUAGUAUCUGUUUUUGGUAUCCGUCCUUUUUUGAAAUGUUUCCUAAAUGACUCCUGAUGUAUGUUUUCUACCCUCAGCCCUGGACUCCCCCAGCGGUCUGCAGUUCUCAGAGGUCCUGACCAACUCCUUCACGGUGCACUGGCAGGCCCCCAACGCCAUCAUCACCGGCUACCGGAUCCGUUACCAGAUGACCAGCGGCGGGCGGGCCAAGGACGAGAGGCUGCCGCCAUCCAGGAACCACUUCACCCUGACCAGCCUGACCCCCGAGACGGAAUACAUCGUCAAUAUCUAUGCCGUCAGCGGCCAGCAGGACAGCAAGCCGCUCUCUGGAAAACAGAAAACCAGUACGACCUCAUCUUUACUUUUCACACACUCUUUAAGUUUACCUUGAUUCAUUGCUUCCUUCAUUUCAGCCAAUUCCCUACCCCUACGAUAAGACCUGUUGACAGCCAAUCCCGGUUCCCUACCCGUACGAUAAGACCCGUUGACAGCCAAUCCCGGUUCCCUACCCCUACGAUAAGACCCGUUGACAGCCAAUCCCGGUUCCCUACCCCUACGAUAAGACCCGUUGACAGCCAAUCCCGGUUCCCUACCCCUACGAUAAGACCCGUUGACAGCCAAUCCCGGUGCCCUACCCCUACGAUAAGACCCGUUGACAGCCAAAUCCCGGUUCCCUACCCUACGAUAAGACCCGUUGACAGCCAAUCCCGGUUCCCUACCCCUACGAUAAGACCCGUUGACAGCCAAUCCUGGUUCCCUACCCCUACGAUAAGGACCUGUUGACAGCCAAUCCCGGUUCCCUACCCCUACGAUAAGACCUGUUGACAGCCAAUCCCGGUUUCCCUACCCCUACGAUAAGACCCGUUGACAGCCAAUCCUGGUUCCCUACCCCUACGAUAAGACCCGUUGACAGCCAAUCCCUGUUCCCUACCCCUACGAUAAGACCCGUUGACAGCCAAUCCCGGUUCCCUACCCCUACGAUAAGACCUGUUGACAGCCAAUCCCAGUUCCCUACCCCUACGAUAAGACCUGUUGACAGCCAAUCCCGGUGCCCUACCCCUACGAUAAGACCUGUUGACAGCCAAUCCCGGUUCCCUACCCCUACGAUAAGACCUGUUGACAGCCAAUCCUGGUUCCCUACCCCUACGAUAAGACCUGUUGACAGCCAAUCCCGGUUCCCUACCCCUACGAUAAGACCUGUUGACAGCCAAUCCCGGUUCCUACCCCUACGAUAAGACCUGUUGACAGCCAAUCCCGGUUCCCUACCCCUACGAUAAGACCUGUUGACAGCCAAUCCCAGUUCCCUACCCCUACGAUAAGACCUGUUGACAGCCAAUCCCGGUUCCCUACGAUAAGACCUGUUGACAGCCAAUCCCGGUUCCCUACCCCUACGAUAAGACCUGUUGACAGCCGAUCCCGGUUCCCUACCCCUACGAUAAGACCUGUUGACAGCCAAUCCCGGUUCCCUACCCCUACGAUAAGACCUGUUGACUUUACACACAUCCCCUGAAUCCCAAAUCAACCCCUAGCCCCUACUCCCAAGGCAUAUGUAGAUCUGAGAGGGUUGGAUAGGUGUCUAACCAAUAUGGUGGUUGCUCCAACUUGCCCUCUGAUAGGUCACGGGAAAAUGUUGCCAUUGUUGCUAUCAUCCAUCCAAUUCUCUCAGCUCUCCACAGGAAUCCAGGGGCUGGGGGUUGAUUUGGUCUUUAGGGAUCCUUUUGGUUUAUUUCAAUGUUUCUGUCAUUCUCACCGUCUGUCUCUUGCUUCCUCCUCCUUGUUGUGUCCCCUAGUCCUCUGACUCUCCUACUGACCUGGAGGUAGUGUCGUCCUCCCCCACCAGCAUCACAAUCCGCUGGGGACGCCCCCUCUGUUACCGUGAGGUACUACAGGAUCACCCAUGGAGAGUCAGGUCUGUCCGGUACAUUAACUAGCCUGGCCUUAACUAGUCUACCCUUAACUAGUCUAUCCUUAACUAGUCUACCGUUAACUAGUCUAGCCUGUUAUUGUGAGGUACUGCUAUGAUCACCAUGGAGAGUCUGACCUGUCAGGUGAGGUAGCUUGCACUGCUAUGAUCAGCCCACAGAAAGUCUGGUAGUUUAGCUAGCCUUCGAUUGCUAAUGUGAUUGUCAUCAAUUUCACAAGUCUGGCAAACACAAAGAGCACCUUACCAUAUGCAGUCUUAUUGAAUUUUUGGCUCACCAUUCUUUAGCUUUUUCAAAUAUAAUGUUGUUUUUUUAUCUAUAGCUUGUUUGCUGUUACCCCCCCAACCCCCAGGGGGCCACAGCCCCCUAAAAGUUCACUGCCCCGGGUUUCCCCCCAUCUACCGCCACCAUCCGAACCUGGGCCGGGUACUGACCCCCAUCACAGUCUACGCU